AUGAAAACAGAGGGGCCAAGCACCCCGUUAAAGAAGGCAUCAGACGGGACAGGAAAAUCCCCUCAUGUCCUCCAGGCUGGGAGUAUCGAGGGAUUCCUACAAAGGAGACGAGGAAACCCAGUGGAUCAGCAGGCAGGGGAGGGUUCCCUUUCCCUCGCACACUGGGAAGCCCAGUGGCAGGAGUUCCUCGGGACGUUGGAGGGCCGUCACUCUCUAUGGGGAAUCCCCCACUUGCCAGAGAAACCUUCCCCCUGGGAAGAUGCCAAGGUCUUUCUGGCCUCCUUUGAGCAAGUGGCCAAAGCCUGUCGGUGGCCCCAGGAAGAGUGGGUGACCCGACUCCUGCCAGCCCUCAGUGGAGAAGCUGAGCAGGCCUUCAACAGAUUGGAUGUCAGUGACAGAGAGGAUUAUGGGAAGGUGAAGGCAGCCAUCUUGCGAGGGGACACCCUGAGCCGGGAGAAGCAGCGCCAGCAGUUCAGGCGUUUCUGCUACCAGGAGGCCGAGGGGCCCCGGGGGGCUUACAGCCGACUUCGGGAAAUGUGCCGUGGGUGGCUGAGGGUGGAGAAUCACAGCAAGGAGCAGAUCCUGGAACUCUUGAUCCUAGAACAGCUGCUGAGCGUCCUGCCCCCGGAGGUCCAGAACCGGGUGAGGGAGAGCUGCCCCCAGAACUGCUCCCAGGCGGUGGCCCUGGCCGAGGAGUUCCUCUUGAGGCAGGAGAACCAGGUGCCCUUGGAGGAGGCAGCUGGGAACGUCUCCGAGGCAGGCCAGGCUUUGUCCGAGGGUGAGCAGAUGCAGGUCUUGAUGAGCAUCAAAGAAGAGGAGGACGGAGAGGCCAGCCCGCUGGGAGAUGUGCAGAAGAAUGAAAAUGAUGGGAGACUCCAGGCAUCAUUGUCAGGAAAAUGCAAGAACGGAGAUUUAAAAGGGAACUUCAAGAAUCCAAAUGGACAAAAGGGUCAGGAAGGCAGCCACUUGGUGGAGAGGAGGGAUAAUCCAAUUCCUUGCCGAGGAGGGGGCGUCCAGGAAUUCCGAUCCAAGCAAGAAAAGCCACCACAAAAGAGGAGGAACCUCAGUGCCCAGCGAAGAAUCCAUACCAGGGAAAACACAAAAGAUAGCAUGGAGUUUGGGAAGAGCUUCAGUCAGAGCACAAACUUUAUUUCACAUCAACAGAUUCAUCCAGGCAGGAAACCGUAUAGUUGCUCUGUGUGCGGAGAGAACUUCAGUCGGAGAACGGCUCUUACUUCACAUCAAAGAAUCCACGCAAGGGAAGAGCUCCCCGAAAUCCCAGAGUGUGAAAACAGCUGCACUGGGAGAUUACUCCAACAACAGCAACAGAUAAUCCACACAGGGGAGAAACUGUCUCAGUGCGCAGAGGUUGAAAAGACCUCAGGCGACCGCAUAAGCCUUACUGUCCAACAAAGAACACACGCAGAAGAGAAACGGUACAGAUGCCCAGAUUGUGGAAAGAGGUUUCGGUGGGCAUCUCACCUUCGGCAGCAUCAUAUAAUCCAUACAGAGGAGAAGCCGUAUAGAUGCUCGGAGUGUGGGAAGGCCUUCCGUCACCGCAUAAGCCUCACUGUACACCAGAGAACACACACAGGGGAGAGGCCUUACAAAUGCGCAGAGUGUGGAAAGACCUUUAGUCAGACGUCAUCCCUCCAGCAGCAUCAAAGAACCCACACGGGUGAGAAACCCUACGAGUGCUCAGAGUGCGAAAAAAGAUACAGUUGCCAGUCCCACCUUCAGCGGCAUCAGAAGAUCCACACGGGCGAGAAACCUUACACGUGUUUAGUGUGCGGAAAGAAAUUCAGUUUAAGUUCCCACCUUCGACGCCAUCAAAGGAUCCACACAGGGGAGAAACCGUAUCAGUGCUCAGAGUGCGGAAAGAAGUAUAUUCAAAUGUCAGACCUUCGGCAGCAUCAAAGAAUCCAUGCACCACAAACAACAUAGCUGCUCCGUUUUCAAAAAUUGGCCGGCAGCUUCAGGAUGAUUGUGGGAGUGGCGGUGCCAAAAAUGAAGGGAACUGGAACAUCCUGGCCCAGGUUGUCUCUCAAACAUCUUUCUACGGUUUGCAAUGGAAGCGACCAUUUACUUGGUAGAAUACAAGAAGAUGGAGGCAGCAGAGACAGGGAGGGCAGAAAAUAUCCCUCACUUUACAAAACAAACACUCAGACAGGUUUGCCAAUCAGAAGGUUUUCUUGAAGACAAUGCUCAUUGGAAUAAUACUCUAGACCAGUGAUGGCGAACCUUUUAGAGACCGAGUGCCCAAACUGCGACCCA